GCCCUGAUGUCAGAGGCAAUUAAAGAAAAGAGGAAGGAGAGGAUUGCAGCCAAGGAGACGACGACCUGCUGUUCCGAGUCGUCGUGUCUCCUCCACCUCCUCCCAACAAACUCCGCACCAAAAUCCCGCGAGGAAUUCCCCUUCUCCCCCCACCAAAACCCGCCUUGGCUGAAGUAGGGUUUGCCAUCUCCUCCCCUCGCGCUGCCCAGUUCCUGAUUCUACAGGUUGCUUAGCGAAAGUGAUAACAUCCAGGAUACGACUAGCCACGAGCUAUUACUUCAACUUCCUCUGAAGGAUUCAGGGGGAAGUUGCAGAGAGUCCAUCAAUUUGGUUUUCUCAGACAUACUGAUGGAUGGGGAACCCAAGAUCAUUGAGAAAUUAUCACAUGAACACAUGUACUCUUGGUACUUCACCAGGGAAGAACUAGUGAAGUUUUCCCUAUCACGGAAAGAUGGUAUUACUGAAAGCAAGGAGUCAGAAAUUCGGCAUUUAUACUGUUCAUUUAUUUGGGAUGUUGGCAUCAGGCUGAAACUACCUCAGAUGACUAUAGCAACAGCAAUAAUGUUUUGUCAUCGCUUCUAUUUACACCAGUCCCUUGCCAAAAAUGGAUGGCAGACAGUUGCAACAGUAUGUGUAUUUCUUGCAUCAAAAGUUGAAGAUACUCCUUGCCCCCUGGACCUGGUAGUAAGAGUAGCCUAUGAAACAAUGUAUAGGCGGGACUUGGCUACAGCUCAAAGGAUCCGGCAGAAGGAUGUUUUUGAGAAGCAGAAAGCGCUUAUUUUGAUCGGAGAGAGAUUGGUUCUUACAACUAUUCGAUUUGAUUUCAACAUUCAGCAUCCUUAUAGACCACUUCUUGAUGCGAUGAAAAAUCUUGGCAUCAUUCAAAAGGAAGUGAAGCAAGUAGCAUGGAACUUUGUGAAUGAUUGGCUUAAAACAACACUGUGCCUACAGUAUAAGCCCCAGUACAUAGCUGCUGGUUCUCUCUACCUGGCUGCGAAGCUUCACAAUAUUAAGCUUCCGUUGCAUGGAGCGCAUGUAUGGUGGCACCAAUUUGAUGUUGCCCCAAAGCCUUUGGAAGCUAUCAUUCAGCAAAUGAUGGAGCAUGUUGCCAUGAAAAGAUUGAUGUCUGCUCGUCCCAGUUUAGUUAAGCAAAAGGAAGCUCUAUCUGAAGCUAAACUGCUUGCAUCUAACAGCCCGGACUCUGUGUUGAAUCAAUCUAGCUUGUCAAUAAACAGCUCAAGUCCCGAUAUUGGUGAGCCCAAUGACCACAUCCAGGUGAAUUCAGGUCAAUACUCGAUAAGCAGUCAUACUGGUGAUUGUAGGAUCUCAGGCCCUGAUGGCAGUUUAUUGAAUGUUAGUGCUAAUAGAAAUGAAGAGAGCUGGGAUCAGGCUUUAAUAACCAAUCAUGGUGUGAUGUCAUGCAGUAAUCAGACAUCAUUAGAUGUUGCAGCCACUGAGGGCAAUGCUGGAUGUGUGAAGCACGAUGUAAGCAAUUGUAAGGACUCCAAUAACACAGUCAGUGGUCAAAACUUGAACCAGGCAUCAAUAAAUCGGCAUGGCGAUGGAGUGAACCCAUUCUCUGUGGUGAUCUCAUUGGACGCUGAUGUGGACAGAGAAGGCACUCAGUGUGUGGAACCAUCGGUUGCAAACUCUAAUCCUUGUACUGAAAGUCUCAAUGCAGACAGUUUGUGCUCUGAUCGGAGUUUGGCUGAUCCUGCUGCAGGUACCAUCAAUGAUGCACCAUCUGCACUGCCAGUUGGGAUGGAGGUUGAUCCAUUGAGUGCAGAACUUAAAAAGGUAGAUGUUGCCCGGAUAAAGAAUCUGUUAAUGAAGAGGAAGAGGCGGAGAGACGUCCAAGAGCAAGCCAUUGCUUCAGAUGAUAUAACUGAAGAAGCCUGGAUUGAGAGAGAGCUCGAAGCUGGGAUUGUUGCUACAAAACAAGAAGCUCAUCAUGCUGCCACCUCAGAUGAAUUAAGUGAUGACGCCUGGAUAGAGAGAGAGCUCGAGUCUGGGAUUGUUGUUGGACCAAGAAAUGAGCAAGUAAUCACUCUGGAUGGCUUAAGUGAAGAUGAUUGGAUUGAGAGAGAACUCGAGUCUGGGAUUAUUGUAGAGCCAGCACCUGCUAGCAAGAAGCAGAAGCUAGAGUCAAGCUGCCGUUAGCUCCUUUGCUUCUGCACUCGGAGGGUGUUGGACGAGCAAGUGAAUAAUGGCAGAUGGAGGUACCUUUUCCGAACGAAAGCACAAGUCACAGAUAUGAAACAAAUAGGAGCACCAUUAUUUUCCCUUUUUAUUAUUUGUUUAACCAGACACCACCUCGAGUGCUUUCCACACAAGGGGUGUGCACAGUGGGAUCUUCCCAUUUUCUUUAAUUCAGAAUCAUAUCCAUUGUUUGUUCUUUUUUGUUGCGAGUGUAAAUGCGGCAUGCCCAAAGUUGGGCUUUAGAUUAUAGGUGUAAGUGUAGCAGAAAUUAUGUUGUUAAACCCUAAUAGGAAUUAAUUUCUUCAGUGUACCUGUAACUGUUAACAAAAGAAAAGUUCUUCAGUGUAGCUGUUAUUGUUAACAAAAGAAAAGCAGCUCUUUGGUAUAUAAUGUUUAUAAA